CCAGAGACCGAAGCAGCGUACAGACCUGAGGAGGAGCAACACUAGCAACAACCUUCUGCCCUCCCUUUCUCUCUCCCUCCUCCAGUCCUCCCAGCCACCCAUGCUCUGUGAGGCUCUCUAUCCUCUCCUCUCCCUGGGCAUAAUGCUCCAUCUCUACUGCUGAGCUCUCCCUUACCCCACCUUACCCCCUAACCUUACCCCACCAUGACCAGUCUGAAGCGGUCUCAGACGGAGCGUUCGGUGGGCGGCUCGGUACCUGCCUCUGAUGAAUUCUACACCCGUCGCCUGCGCCUCCCCAAUGGUGGCGCCCCCCCACCUCGCUCCGAGAGCACCCACCUCACCUCCUCUUCCUCAUCCGGCUCCUCUUCCUCCUCCACCCCGGGAGUUCCCAAGAUGGGGGUCAGGGCCCGCGUGGCGGACUGGCCCCCCAAACGGGAUGGAACGGGCGGGGUGUGGCACAUCACCGUAGAUACGGACUCCCCGAGUUCCACCAUGUCAUCUUCAGGUGGUGGAGAAUGUGGGUCAGGCGGGUCGGCCGGGGAACGCGGGUCGGCCGGGGAACGCGGGUCGGCCGGGGAACGCGGGUCGGCCGGGGAACGCGGGUCGGCCGGGAGCGGAGAAAGAGAACGGAGCUCGGGUUCAGGCUCGGCGACCACGGCCCAUAGCAGCAUGUCAGCUAAACUGGGCCACCUGAUCAGCCCUCAGGACUCCUCGAUGCUCCGGAACAUCCACAACACCCUGAAGAGCAAGAUGCACCACAGCAGACAUCACAGCAAAGACAACCGCUACCUGUCGCCAGACGGCUACCAGGGCUCGCCGCGUAAAGGCAUGAGGCGUAUCCGCCAGCGCUCCAACAGUGACAUCACUAUCUCUGAGUUAGAGGGUGACGGGGGCGAGGGCUGGUCCUUCUCUGGCUGGACGCCCAUGCAUCGAGAGUACGGCAGCACCUCUUCCAUAGACAAACAUGCAGGCUCAGGAGAGAGCUUCUUCGAUAUGCUCAAGGGCUAUACGUCCCAGGAGGCUCCUGAUCAACGCAGCCCGGCGCCGGACAGACUUGGUGAGCUGCUGACGGUGGCCCCGCACAAACAGGCUGCCCUGGAUCUACCUGAUGGACCCCUGGGUCCUACCAGAGGUAGCCCCGCCAGUCGCCUGAAGGAAAGAGAGAAACACCUGAAGAGGAGGUCCAAGUCGGAGACUGGAGGGGAGUCCAUCUUCAGGAAGCUCCGCAGCGUCAAGGCCGAGGGUGACUCGUCCCGGGCUGGGUCUGACGUGGAGGAUGGGGGGCGGGAGGAUGUCAUCGGACCCCCUCCAAAACCCUGGUCUUGUCAAAAAGGCUUUGCUCACUUUGACGUGCAGAGUAUCCUCUUCGACCUCAACGAGGCUAUCCAGGGUCGACAGUCCGGCGGGAAACGCAAGAACACCACCACGGGCGCCUCCGCCGCAGCCGCCGCCUCGGCCUCCGCCACUUCCUCGCUCUCGUCUAAUCAGAGUGGGGUAUGCGGCGGGGGCGGGUCUCCGUGCGGGUCCCAGGAAGAGCUGAGUGGGAAGGAGGGGGGCACGGGACAGGGUGGACAGGGUGGGACUCACACCACUAACCCCGCCCUAGACCCUGGUGAUGAGAAGAGCAACGAUCUGGUGCUGGACUGCCCUUGUUUCAGGAAUGAACUGGGAGGAGAGGGAGAGAGGAACAUUGGCCUCUCUAAACGGAGCAUUGGAACUACCUGGGUGUGGAUGAGACUCUGGGUCCAGUAG